AUGGGCUCAAUCAUCGCCAAGGACAAUAUUACUAUUGUCUUGAAAGUUUCCAAACAAUCGGUUUUGACCAAGUCUUCAAUCAUGUUGAUCAUCACGUCCCUUCACGUCUUGUUCGGGAAAAAACGAAACCCAGAUGAAGAUGUCGGCGGUGUUCUCCUGUUUAUUCAGGGGCAUAGUACUGUCUCUCUCCGUGUACCUAAACGUCAGACUGGAACGGCUCUUCUGUGUGUUCAACUGAAAAUGGUGGGAUACCUCCGAGUCGCAUAUCUUCCCGUCCAACUCCCGACAAGCAGCAGCAAAGGCAAGAAUGAUAUUCAACCACGAAUGGCCUCGCUUUCUUAUCACACCGGAAACUGUCAGAGGCUGCGAGCACUGCAGACGGCAGAACAUGGCCGCAAGUCAACAAGUUCAGCUCAUCCGCAUCAUCAGUUCUCCGUCCUUCUCGACAAUAAUGGAUCCGUCAACCGUGGAGGGGACGUGGUCGCAGAACGUUUAGUAUUCCGUCUCGACGCCCCAUCGGGCUUUUGCCCUCGGCACUGCGAUACCCCUUACUCUCCGCUUCGCGCCGCUGCUGAGAAGGGGCUUCGGGUUGUCCAGAGCCGGUGUACCCUGCUGGAAGUUCACGCUAUUGAUCACGCACGACAUGUUGUGGGCAUGUCGAAUGAGUCCUCGGGGAUGGGAUUUGGUGCGAUUCUCUCGAAAUCACGCGGGAUGUACUACUCCCAAAGACGCUGGCGAGAUGCUUCCCAGACGCUAAUGUCUUGGGAAUCCGAGUCAGCCAUGCCCUGA